AUGGUUCGAAUUCUCGAAUUCGCUCUGUUCGCGUUCCUGGUGGUGGCCAAUCUGUCCCUGGGUCUUUACUUCUCCUUCCGAAAGAGAAACAUAGUUGCCGGAGGCGCGGCAACAACGAGUGAGGUGUUCCUUGCCAGCCGGAUGCUGAAGACGCUUCCUCUGGCCGCAUCUUCCGUGGCGUCGCUCUUCUCUUCAACGGGACUCGUCGGCUUUCCUGCUCACUACUACGCCUAUGGCUGGCACCUUGCCUGGGGAUAUCUGGUGCCACUGGUGCUGAUCCCAUUGGCCACGCACGUGUUUGUACCGGUGUUGUACCGGCUGGGCAUCACGUCAAUAUUUCAGUACCUUCGUAUGCGUUUCAACGGCACCAUUUCCUUGUCAGCGUGCAUUAUCUACAUUUUUCUCACGCAAAGCGUGGGCGCAGUCUCAAUUUUUGCGGCAUCGUUAACUCUUGUCACAGCAUUGAACGCACCGCUCUUUUGGUGCAACGUCAUUAUUGGAUUAACAGGGACGAUCUACACGGCGCUGGGAGGACUGCGAGGCGUUGUUUGGACGGACUGCAUGCAGUUCUUUUUCAUUUUGGUCGCACCAACCACAGUUGUCUUCAAGAUAAUAAUUGAUUCAUUGCGCCCAAACUCAACAGUCCAGCCGUUCAGCAUCGUAGAAUUGCGCAAGUACUUUGGAAAGUAA